AUGCCGGCCUACAACUCCGACUUCAACUCCGACCCCAACCCUCCUCGCCUCAUCGGCAACUUCCCCCUCCUCCCUCUCCGCACAAAGACUCGCGGUCCCGCCUACGUCCUGCCCUUCCCGUCACCGCCGCUGCCCGCCUGGGAGUCUCCCGAGAUCGAGAGCGAGAGCUACGACAUCCUCGAUGAGGUCCUCCGCCUGUUUCGCGCAAACACCUUCUUCCGCAACUUCGAGAUCAAGGGCCCGGCUGACCGCCUGCUCGUCUACGGAAUCUGGUUUGUGAGCGACUGCCUGACCAAGAUCAAGCCCAAUGCCACCGCUCGCGAUGCCGGCAAGGAGGUCAACAACCUGGCUUUGGACCUCAACUUUGCCAUUCCUGGAGACCCAGCAUUCCCUCUGAACCAGAUGUACGAGCCUCCUCGGGACAGACAGGACGCAGAGCAGCUCAAGCUGUACAUGGCGCAGGUCCGCCAGGAGCUUGCCACCCGAUUACUGGCUAGAGUGUACGAGGAAGACGAAACCAAGCCGAGCAAGUGGUGGUUGAGCUUCACGAAGAGAAAGUUUAUGGGCAAGUCGUUGUAG